AUGUCGUCGGCACCUACUGCAUACAAGAAGCGCAACGGUGUCUUGUCUGUUGGCGCCGACCGCACUUCGCUAUUCUGGACGCCUUCCGAACCCCCCUCUUCAGCACCUUCACUUACAAUCUUGAUCAAAGAUAUCACUAACCUUCAACAAACACCCGCAGGCAACCCUAAAGUCGCUCUGAAAGUAGUCGUGUCGCCAGCUGGAUCCGCUGCACCGGAGAACCAAGUCUUCUCCUUUACCUCUGCUGCAGCGCGAGCCGAACAAGAGGCUGUAACCGAUAUCCUACGAAAUGCGAUCGCCGCCAUCAAAACUGCCGAGCCAACGAAGGCCGCACCAACACCUGCCGCAGCACAAGAUGCGACGGGCUCUUCAGCUGCCAUGGCUAAGGCCCAGGCUGUCUCGUCGACCCCGAAAACAAGUGAUAGCUGGUACGAUGACGCCCAUCUUAUCACGGAUAUCGAGAUGCAAAGGUCGCUACUGGAGGCCAAUCCAGCCUUGAGACAACGCUUCAACGAAAGUUUGAGGGACAGACCAGAGACCAUAACCAUCACCCAAUUCUCUACUCAGUUCUGGUCUACACGACUACAUCUUCUGCGCGCUCAUGCUAUCGAAAAUGCUCAGCAUCAGGGUGACUACAACGUCUUGCCUGAGAUUAAAUUCACACGAGUCGCUGCUGAAAAGGAAGGCGAGGCCGACUCGCUGACUCUACGUCUUGCGGGCCCUCAAAUCAAACUAAUUUUCAAGCAAUAUCCCAUCGUUAGACAGGCUUACAACGAGAGUGUACCUCCGACCGACAGCAACACUUUCUGGUCGCGAUUCUUCAUGAGCAGAUUAUUGAAACGAUUAAAGGGUGAAAAGAUCACAGAUGCAGAUCCUCCGGAUCCGAUGUUUGACAAGUAUCUCAAUUUCCAAGAGAAGGGACCAUCGAACAUCGGUUAUGUUCCCCACUUCAUAGAUCUGGAGGGCAACGAGCAGAACCACAGUCAACGCCAGGGAAACAGACCGGAUGAGACCAUGCGACCUGAGAGAGUACCGAUCUUGAGGAUCCUGAACAAUCUUUCAGAGAAGAUGAUGGCCCAGGUCGCACCGAAAGAUGGUGAAGCCCAUGCGCCCAUUGGCAUGAGUGAGGAUGCAUUCAACGAGCUUCGACUUCGGGAUCUUCAAACUGAAGCCGGGGACAAUCGUGUCGUACUCAACAUCAAGGACCAACAGCGUCUGCUGGGUGGUAGGUUGCAAAGCGGAUCAUCAGCAGAAGCGCAGCUUUAUGCCAAGCAGACGCCCGAGAAGGUGCUUGAACUGCUGCAUGCUGAAAUGGCUGCUGCAGCUAACAACAGCCUGAGUAAAGUCGUUGGCAUACAGUCCGACAGUGAGGACUCAGAAGACGAGAACCAACCAAGGAAAAGAGCACGGAUUGGAGGCAAAGGCGCGCUUACACAGUCGACCAAAGAAAUGUUGACCUCAAUAAGCAGACGGAGACAGGCAGCCUCUGCUGAUGUAUCGUCAAGACGAGGUCUUUCACAAUCCACAUUUGACACAUUGAGUCUGACGCACAACACGACAGUGGAAUUCCUUCACUACUUCUGGACACUGUUCUUGUCAGGUGACGGAUCAAGGAGCAACGAGCUUGCGAGGCUUGUAGAAACUCUCGAUCGAUCAGUUGAUCGCAUCAAGAUGGUGUCGGACAAGGCAGAGAAGGAAAAGUCACGGGAGGCAGAAAGCUUGAAGAAGCAGAUGUCAACAACCAACGCAAAGUCAACGAAGCGACGACGACUGGAGAUAGAGCUAGAAAGACUAAGCGGCGGGAGACAGGCGGUGGAGGAAAUGGUGCAGCCCACGAUCAAAGCACUAGCCGAGGCGACGGCGCAAUACCGUAAGGCAUUUGAGGAAGAGAGCGCACAAGCGGUGGCCUGA